UGUGUUGUUGGGAGGCCUGUAGCCGGGAUGUUCUACUGCUAACUUUUGUCACUGGUUUCUUUAUUUAAAGGCACUCAUGAGAUGGAUAUCUGAUUUCAAGGGAAUACAUGAUUAACACUCUAGGUUGAGGAGGUUCAGGUCUCUGCAAGUCUAUAAGACUUUCCUGAACUUAACAAUCUUGAUCUUGCUGGUAUCACUGCCGACAUGCUUGAGAUGCGGGUGGAGCUCGGUUACCGUGACAAUAAUUUUUUGAAACCAGCCCACUUUCCAACUGGUAUUACACCACCUCCACUAUUACAUGCUUCAUCUCUUGAACUGUUCUCACCCCCGGUGCUGUCCCCACCCCCCACAAAGCAGCCACGCCUAACUGCCCCGGGGGGUAGCUACCUGUCGCAGGGCUGUUGUCGAGAACCAGGUCUGAUGAUUCCACUUUAUCAUUGUAACCAAAGUGAGGCUUCAGCCGGGAUGUUGAAAAACAAUGACAGUGUAGUGACUGCUUUUGCAAGUUCGGCAAGGCGUUCAGUAUCAGAGGAGCACCUGUUCUUUCGUGAAAAGUGUAACCGCACAAGUCACAGUAAUGCAUGGUGUCGCUCCAGUUCCUCCUUACAGGAACAUGGCAUGAUGGAAGAAGAGGUGCACCAGGACGCAGCCAUCAACCUGUCCACCGGACGAGAUACUGUUCGAGACGUUGCAAGAGACGCUGCCACUGUUGGGGCAGCAAUUCUCAAUGGAGAUGUCAGGAAUGGUGACCUGCAUCAGGAAUCACUCCAGAUCUCAGCCUCCCCUCAGGCUCCGCUUCCUGGGAAGAACUCUUCCAGCUUAGUGGGAGCUGCUAAACGGAAGUUGAAGUCGGCAUCUGACACUUCUCCGCAGCUCGCCAAUCUAUCCCAGCAGCCCUUGCUAAUGAUGGCUGCACAGCACGGCCUCUCCCCGCAGCAGGUGCAGCAGCUACUGCAACAGCAAGGAGUUUCCCCACAGCAGCUGCAGCAGAUGAUGCAACAACAGCAGACACUGAUGUUACAACAUCAGCAGCAGCAGCAGAAGCUUCACGAGCAGGUGCUCCAUCAGCUUAACGAGCAGCUCCAGCUGAAUGUCCUCCAGCAGUCUCAGCUUAUCCAGCAGCAACAGCAAGAUAAGCAGAAGAGCGGGAAGCAUGCACAGCAGCAGUUGCAGCAACUGGCCAUCCAGCAGCAGCAGUUGAUUCAGCAGAUCCAGCAGAUACAGCUCCAGCAACGGCAGUACCUCCUGGCCUGUCUCGUCCAGCCCUUCAGUGGGAUGCCACAAGGAAUGAUGUCUCCUGCCGAAAUUCAGCAGUUGUGGAAGGAAGUGGCAGCGCAAUCAGGAUUGGAAGAAACACCCAAAAAUGGGUUGACAAUACCCACAAUUCCAAGUGUAACGAGCGCACCUAGCGUGACUGUUCCUCCCCAGACAACUGUGAUACAAGCUCCCUCAUAUAUGACCAAUGGUGGAAUUCCAGUUGAUGGAUUCUUAUUACCAGGUAUUGCUCCCCUCAACCAGGCUGCACCAAUCAGCAUCCGCCAUAAUGACAGUGCCAAGGCUCAAAUUGGCAGUGAGGCCAUCAACGGGUCUGCCCCACCCAGCAACCCUCUCUUCCGACACAGUGUGUGCAAGUGGCCAGGUUGUGACACUCCUUGUGAUGACUACCAUGCAUUUUCUAAACACCUGAACAGUGAGCAUGUAUUGGACGAUAGAAGUACUGCACAGGCGAGAGUGCAGAUGCAGGUCGUUAGUCAGCUGGAAAUACAGUUGUCCCGGGAGAAGGAGAUGUUACAGGCGAUGAUGCAACAUCUCCAUAUGAAGCCUCCCCAGCAACGUCAGCAUUCGCCGCAGCCCCCUCCACAACCGUCGCAACCACAGCUGCUACCACAGGAAGUGAAGCCCGAGCCUAUCACACUGAAUACACCCACCAUCAUGCCCAAACUCGCUUCAAUUCCUCUAUCAACGGCACCACCUCACCCAGCCGUAACCGUGGUGACGUCACCAGUGGUUGCCAUGACGCCAACACUGACCCCAAGCUCUCAGCUUCCCAAUGUGUCGCAAGCACCUGCUACGCCUCAGUCGACACCCACUGGUGCAGGGACGAUUAGGCGGCGAGUUUCAGACAAGUGCAAUCUUCCCAUAUCAGCAGAAAUCCAAAGAAAUCGAGACUUUUACAAGAACACAGAUGUAAGGCCUCCAUUUACUUAUGCGUCACUGAUCAGACAGGCUAUCAUUGAGUCUCCACAUCGUCAGCUAACGCUGAAUGAGAUCUACCAGUGGUUUCAGAACACGUUUGCGUACUUCCGACGUAACGAGGCCACUUGGAAGAAUGCUGUGCGCCACAACCUUAGUCUUCACAAAUGUUUUAUGAGAGUUGAGAAUGUUAAAGGCGCUGUUUGGACAGUGGACGAGGUAGAAUUCUACAAACGGAGACCUCAAAAAUUGAGCGGGAGCUUGAAGAGUCCAUCUUUGUCAGACCCGUCAUCAUAUAACGAGACACUGAACGCAAGUCUACGGGCGGCGCUAGGUGAGGCCAGCAUGGCCAUGUUGACAGCAGCUCAUAACCAGAUGACGGGCCAAGAGAGUGCGGAGGACCUGUCCAUGAAGAGCCUCAGUAACAGCCAAGAUGGCUGCUCCCCUCCUUCCCGGGAGGAGGAGAUGAUGAUGCUGAUCAAGCAGGAGCCAUCAGCCCAGGAGGAAGAGGAAGCGGCCCUCAAGCGAGACCAAACAGGUGUGGAGGAGGAGGCAUCAGGGGACUUCCUGCCCACAGAGAGUGCUCCCAGACCUGAAGACAUGGAGGAACAGAUGGCUGGAGAGGAGCCCUCCCAGGCUCUUGUCAUGGCCGACAUCGAGGACGACCAGGCCGCACCAGAGGACAUGAGCAUGGAGGAACAGCCCGAGGCUCUCGGGACAAGCAUGGUGGUUGAUACCGAGGCUGAAGGUGCUGCACUGGCAAAUGGCGGAGCCAGUGAGGCGGAGGCUGACUCGGAUGAAGAUCUGGAGAUGCUUGCUCUCCGACGCAUGCAACAGGAAGCUAGCAAGAUGGUUGCCGCUGCCAACACACAUUCCACAGAUUGAAUCUCAAACACAGCACAGCUGAACUGAGGAUCCUGUCCAAGGAUGCCUCAUCACAUGGAAUCAAUUAGCAUGAAUAGCUUGCAGGGUAGAGGACAAUCUACAAGACAAUUUGCAUAUUUUUUAAUUGUAUGUACUGGUAUAUAUCAUUGGUGAAACGGGCAUGUUAUGAAAGUUGUAAUAUUGUCCCACAAUGACUUUGAGUGAUAUUCCAGUUGCAUCAAGAUAGAUGGUUGCCUUCAGGAAGAAAUAUCAAACAAAUCACUUGUUCAAAACAGAACUGGUACAUGUGUGUGUAUUUAUUCUUCAAGUUAACGCAUUAGCUCUGAUGCAUGUAGAUUAAGGAUUGAAAGAGACAAUGGAUCUGCAAGUAGGACGUCUUGGCCUGGACAUGGUUUCAGUUGGCAGAACUUGUCAAUAUCAUGUCCUGUGUUAGUACCCGGCAGUUUAUGACGGCUUCUCGCUAACUUGUCGCGGGUGGCAUGGUAGCCUAGCUAUCCAGUAGGAGUGUCCGUCUGUGUGUAUGUCUGUCUGUACUGUAUGUCCAGCUUACUUACAGUGGCAGUGUUUAGCGAGGUCUUCAUCGGCCGGCUACGAUCUCAGCCGAUGUCCAGUUGUCUCAGUGUUACGGUGUAUAUAGUCAUAGAGGACGGUUGCCAUGGAUACUCAUGAUCGUAGAAAGAAUUUAGUGUAUGUGAUACACCAGGCUGAUAUAGUCAUGAGUAUGUGUUGUCUUUUGUGAGAAAAAUAAUCAAAAUCUUUUUGUAGUGAAAAUGAAUUGGUGCAAGGUUUUGAAGGCUUGAUUUUGAGAGAUUUUCAAUACCAGAACUGUAUAUGUAUAGCUAAUACCAGAGUUUGUUGUCAAAACCUUUACCUCUGGGAAUGUUUUUUUUUCUAGUAGUGCAUAUUGCUGUGAAAAGUGUGCAAUAAAUAAUAAGUUCAACAAUUGGGCACAAUAUUUUUGAUCUCAGAUCUAUAGAUUGUUAAUAAUGUAUUUUGAUAGAGUAUGAUAUAACACAUGUCCCUAUUGGUUUUGAUAUUUGAUUUAGUAUACUUAUUGAUGAACAAUGUUAACGGUACAUGUCCAAACAAUUUUCUUAAAGACUGAGCUAAAUGGUGUUUAAACAAUUACACUAGUCAGUGAUAAACCAUGGCAACAAUGUGUCAGGGCCUUCUGCAACAUGGCAAAAUUCUGAGCAUUCUGAUAUUUAUUGAUUUUAUGUGAGAUGUCUGUGUAGAUUGAUUGAUACAAUUUGUAUAGAAAUCUUAAAACAGUUUACUUACAGCUUUUGUGUUGUGAAGAUCCAUGACAAUGUGUGAAAGAACGGACAUGUACCUUUAACAUUUUUAUGCUAUUGGUUGGCUCUGCACACCUUCUGCUAGUGCGGCGCUGUCCGUAUCACAUCUUGGCAGCUCAGGGGUAGGCUAGAGAUGCUUGUUAUCACACAGAGUAUUAUAUUGUAGUAACAUGAGGUAGGAACAUGAUAGGUCAUAACAUGAAUAUACCUUGGUAGGAAAUAACGUCAUACAAACUGGAUAUAAGUUAGGGGUAAAAACAUUGAUAUGGCAAUAUGCAUAUUACAUAGCGGGCAAUAACAUGAAUAUUUACAAUUAUUUGAUGUCCUGAUGGAAGUAUUUCACAGACUAUAUAAAUGAAGCGCAGACCGUUAUAUUGACCAAAAUGUCAAACUAUUACUGUACCAUUUGGGGGUUAAUGUUUGAGGUGAGAUCAUCUUUAUUAUUAUCCCCAAUUGGUGGUGAAUUAUGGUGGCAUUACUGUUUCUGUGUAAUAACAAGCCUCUGCUAGAUACACAAUGUGUUGAUUUUCGUAAUCUACACUUUAUAUGUCCACAAUCAAGGUAGAUCUUAAAGCUGAUAGCUUUACAACUAUCUAUCAGUUAAUUAUCAACUUAGUGUACUAAACCCUUUUAGAAGCUAGAAAGCGGAUAUUUCUAGUGUCGUUGUUGCAUAUUGAAUGAUAUCUAGUAUCUUGACCUUGCAUAAACAAUGACUCUGCUGAUUGUAGUGUGAGCCAUACAUUGCUGGAUGUAUGUACAUAAUAUUGGCAGUUGAGACGCUAAGCUGUAGAAUGGCACAAUAGAGUGAUGGCAUGAGAUGCUGCAGUGAGCAUCAAUGUAAGCCAUUAUUCUGUGGUGAAUUGUUUUCAAUGAGUAGUCCGUGAGAUGUACAAAGUUUGUAAUUUUUGAAGGACCACAAACUGACGAUUGAACAGAAAAUUUGGCCUGAAUUGGAAUUCCUGAUUUAGCCAUGAUUGCUAUGGGUCUGUUGAAGUAAUAGAGUAAAUUGCUGUAUGUAAUAAAGUGUUGGAUUUGAGUAAAUUGAUGUGUACAAUAUUGAGUAUGUAAGAAGAUAGUGAAGGUUUUGUCCUGAACUGAUAGUUUUGUCAGCUUGUGUUUUCCAGGGCCUUGCAUUUAGAUAUCGUGGAAACCUCAAGGGGGUUUCAGUGUGUGUCAUUUAUAUGCUACAAGUUGUCUUUUUGUCGUCAUCAAAAACUAUUUCUUUCAUUCUUAUUUAUUUGAAAAUUUAGUCGACUCAACACGUAAACUGUUUUCCUCUGGCAAAUUUUUAUGUAAACCAUUGCUUGUUGAUUUUGUGUUGAAAAGGGAGUUUUUGUGUACCAUCUAUAAUUCACUUGUUUUAAUUAAGAUCAUUCCAGAGAUAAUUCUGCCAAUGUAUCACAAUUUAUGAGUUUUGUCAUGAAUUUAUGUUCAUGUGACACUGGAACCUUUUGAAAUUUUUCAGAUUUAUUUCGAUUUCAGAAUUGUUGAUUAAAUUGUUCUUGAUGACGAAUGACAACUGUGAGAGAUUUAUUAUAUAAAUUAGCCUAGCUCAUGUUACAGAGAAAAGCAAUGUUGAUGGUUGUUUUGUCAUAACUCAACCAGACUUUUAUAGGACAAUACAUUCGUAAAUCAAAGAUGUCUUCCUGAAUUUGUUGACAUGUUCCAAGCGUUGUGGUAAUUCACUCUUAUCAGGAAUCAAAAGUGCAUAAUCCUAAGUGUAGUUUCUUUUUGUAAUUAAUGUGAAUUAUUUUGUUUAGUCGAGAAACACGAGGAGCUUUGGGUACCAUGUUUUUUUAUGUGUCCACUUAUUGUACUGUUUUUGUCAGUGCUUUUUGGAGCUGCUUAAGAGUUGCCAUGGUAACAACACUUUGGUUCUAGGUCACAUUAUUUAAUUAAUAAUAUAAGUUGCAAUGUGUCAUGCUGAAAAUAUUAUCAAUGUUUUGGACUGAUUCUGUUCUCAUAGAGAACAUUUUGUGCCAAAAUUCAAUCAAAGACAUACAAACACCUUAGGUAACAUUGUGGUAUGAUAGUUGCAGAAAAUAAUUCCUGUUUCGUGAAUAUUUGACUGUGUUUCACCUGAAGUAAGAUAAUGAUCUUCUUUUUAGAUUAUCAAAGUUUGUUUUCUUAUGAUUACUGUUGCUGCAACAGGGACGUGUUUUGACUGGGUUUUGUUUGUUUUGCCUACUAACAUGGAUCUGCUUCCAUCAAAUCUUUUGCCCACUUAUGUUGAACUGUUUGUGUGCAUUUGAGUGCAUAUAAUUGUCCCAUUAACAGUUUCUUUUAUCCCAGAAUCUCAUGGGUUCAGUCAAGUGCCGGUGUUAUAAUGUGUAUCAUUUUGUGUUUACUUCACAAUACUAACAAUAAGCCACUUUAGGCAUGUUUUUGUUUGGUUGGAUUAUGUUUGUUUGACGUCUACUGAGGGUUUCCUGUUUCACAAUUCCAAUGCUGUUGUUUAGAUUAUUCGUCAUGCUGGACCAAAAAGGAACUAAGUUGUAUAGAUGUUUUAAAUGAGGUGCAGUAGUUAUAUUACUGUACAGAAGGUCACAGUUAGUUACAUAUUGCCAAUUCUGUUAUUCAUUGUUACCAAAGUUAGUACAAUGUGACUAGAGACUUCCAUGUCCCACGUGGGCAUGUGAUACGCAAAUUAUCACACCUCUGAUGUGUGUUCAGAAAUUAUUUACUUCUACUUUUUGGUGUAAUCAGUUAGGACUUAUCAGAAUGAUGGCAAUAUGUAACUUUCUUUAGAGUGUACAUGUGUAUCUGUGUAGAGAUAUUUUUGAACCAAGAUCAUGUUGUACCUUUGUGACCAUGAGAGAUGGUGCAUUUGUAGAGAUGUACAUAUCAGCCACCAUUACACGUGUUGCCUAGCCCAACCACAGUCAGUGUAUAGUGCUAAUACCAUUGCUUCUUAUAUGUCUAAUUUGUUUGUCUCACUUCCUGCCUCAGUGCAUUCUGGGGCUGUUUGUCAGCCAUGUUGAAAGUAGUCCCGGGGUCUAACAUUUUUACAAUGGCUUGUUAUGUGUUCAUAUUCAUUUAUACUGGUUGCUGCAAAGUAGAUAUAUCUGAAAAUUUUAAAAAACUAAGAACCGUUUAGAACUAGGUGAUUUUAUUCAUACUGCAACUUUAAAUUCUGUUUUGAAGUGCUCUGUAUAGAUAGUUUUUCUCCAGUUGAUCAUAAUAGGGUGGGUGGAUACUGCAUAAUUGUUGAUAGAGUUGAUAUGUGAUUUUGGUGUUUAUCUGGAAUGAUAAAUGUCCUUCCCAAAAGAGUGAAAGUAGUGAUCCUGCUCUCCUCAUGUGUGCCACUGGGUAGGUCGGAAUAGCUCCUCUGUCCAACUAGAUGAUUUAGGGUUAAUAUAAGUGGAGACAGGUUACAUCAAAAUAGAGGCAAAUACCCCACUUACGCAGAGUGUGGACAAGUUUCAGGCCAUCUGUUUUGAAUAAUAAUGUAAAAGUUUUUAUUGUGAGCCACUGGGUGUUUAGUCGCAAUCACUACAAGAGUUCUUGGUAUUUCAUUACCUUGAGUUAGUCUUGAGACAGUCCUGAAUGGUAAUAAGUUCUGAUAAUAUGGAAUUUGUCAAUAGUGUUUGGACCCUUAAUAUUUAGCAAAGUAAUUAGUAAUGUAAUGUCAUUUUGCUGGGGGAAAACCACAUUCAAGGGUCAUUAUUGUCUUGACGGAUGAGUGUUUUGUAUGGGUGAGAUGGGACAACGGAACAUUACCAGAUUGGUAAAUCCUUUAUGACCAAAAUAAGUUGAUGGAAGUUAUUCUGAAAUUUCAAAAUCUUCCACGUUUUGUCAUGUUCUGGCUGAAAAUCUGCCCAUUCAACAGCUCUGUUACGUGUUUCACGAGAAAAGAAUUAUCUGUUUAGUUGUCACUUCAGACUUUGCAGCUUCCAAACAUUCACUGAUCAGAUCAACAGGCCUGCGUAUGCAUCAUUUUAAAAAGUCACUUGCAAGAUGAGUAAAAACAUCAAUUGUUCUAUUUUAGAAAAACUGUAAGCAACCUUUGGAAAUAUCGAAAGGAAAAACAACCAGUUUCUGAUUCUAAUGGUGACUGGUUAUCUGGUCAGUGAAUGAAACACUAUAGGAGAGCAUGCAAGUACCAAUUAGAACUUGUGUAUCAAGUAAUUCUCCUAGUUCCUCUGAUGAAACCCUUUUUAUCGUUCUGCAGGAAAAUCAUUCUGGUAACACACUGGUUUGAGUGAUCACUCCACUUGAGGAUCUGGGUUUGAUCUCCGUCAAGAAUAAAAUGUACAAAAUAACCUUCUGCGCCUUCCUCUCCUUCUCUCCCCACCCACUCCAUCUCCCAACCCCAACCCCAACCCCCAACCCCUUGAUUUUGCUGCAGGAUUGCUAAAAGCAGCACGACCCCAACUUUUUUCAAAACUUAAAGGAGAGUGUGUCUCUGUGAGAAUUUCUACAGCUGAUCUGCAAGCCAUGCUAGCAAUAUCAUUAAGGGCAUUUCAAAAUAAUUUAUUUUAUCACCUUGUACACAUGUCCUGUUUCUACCUCAGUGACAUCCACUUUAACAGAUGCCAGCUGGAAGGGGCAGGCAUUAAUAAACAUUGUAGCACAACAAGGGGAGGUUAUCACAAUAUUGGCAUAGAUAUCCAUAUAAAUAGGCAGUUAUGCCCCAAACGUAGCAGUCCAUUGAUUAAGAAAUGUAAGUGGUCGGGGUUUUUUGGCAUUAUUAUUAGUUCACGACAAUAAUUUACAUAGUUUUCCUGCCUUGGCAAUGAACUUCUUCCCGUCACCUCCAAAUAAAUUUCAGGAUUGGUAUUAACGCAACCACAACAUCCUUAUUUGUCUCACCAGUAUCCUGGGAAAAUCAUUAAUAUUCUAAUAAGGGCCAUUGUGUAGCCUAUUUGUGAACUGUUUAUCUUAUGCCUUAAAACUAAAGAUCGUGUGAGUUUGUUGGUGACUGCCCCUUUGAGUACAGUUACCUUGUAGUCCAUGAACAAUACCAUGUCAUACUGUUGUAAAUACAUUUACUGUUCAGUAUGUGCCAAAUAUCAUUCAUUGCAAAAAUAGUAAUGUAUUUUUCAAGGCAAUCAUUACAAAAUGUCAGAAAUGUGCCAUAAUCUAUGACGAGUUUUUUUGUCGUGUAUAUUUUUUAGCCAAAAUGUCCUGUUAUGAGGCUUUGGCCAAUGAUAAUAAAAACUAAUAAUAUUAACAUGAACUAUUUCCCCUUGCUCUUGUACUCUCAAGAACACAUGUUAAUAACUGCAUUUUUUUGUAUGUUAAUAUUGUCAUUUAUUCCCUAUUACUCCCCUGACGUUAAGAGCUUGGGUUGGCUUGUCUUGGAGAAAUUAUCCCAAGUGUUAUUUAUACUUUUACAGACUUGUUACAACAUAGUAUCCAAUGAAUUGAAAUGGCUUUAAUGUAUGACUGUAAUGUAUGUUUAAUUACUUGAUACACAACUACAAGCAGGUGAAGGGUUAGACAUAAGCGUCAUAGAUGUAUGGAAUAUGAGUGGUUUGUCAAGGGAUUCCAUCCUAAUAUACCUCAUUUGCAUAAAUACAUGUUAGCUAGGACUAUUUUUGGCACCACAUGGUUGAACCAUAAUGGUUAUAUCAUAUUUGUGAGGUUUGCACAAGUUUAUGAAUGAUUUGUUUGUUUUUUAAAAUUUGUGACUAAUCCUAGUCUGAGAUAUGUAUAUCUUUACAUAUGUGGUGAAGUUUAUCAGAUACCGAGCGCUGUUCUGACAUAAGUUAUGUCAUUGGCUGUGUUAAGUGUUAAUGUAGUGGUAUUUUCAGUUGAUUCACCUUUAUCUCAGAGUUAUUUUACAAGCUGGUGUCAUACCACUCAGUGGAUGUAAAACUUUUUGAAACGUAAUCAAACCUUUUGGACUUCUCAGGAGUGUUUUCAUUGGGGUAACCAAAUUGUGAAAGUGUUUGCUUGUCACUGAAAAACGAAGUUCUGAUACGUGAAACCCAUUCUUUGUGUCCUCUGCUGUGAUUUUGCAAAACAUUGCUAAGUCACUUCUGUUUGGGUUUUUUCUUGAAAGAUUUUGAAAUGUCAUGUUCUCUAAUUAAGCAGACCUCUAAUAUGAAACUCACCAAUUGAUGCCAUGUUGGUGCCAAAAAGUUUAAAUGUAGUAUGAAUGAUCACGCAUCCCAUAUGUCUAGUCAGCACCUUCAGCCAAACCCAAAUUUCAUCAAGGUAAUCCACAGUUGGGGCAAAAUGGUUCUUACUGUCUGGCCCCUUACCAUGGAUAUUAUAUGAAAUUGAGGUUCUUAGCUUGUCGUCACAUAGGCUAACUUAUUGUCACGUGCCAUUAAGCAUAAUUUCUCAUUAUCAUUGUGUUUGAUUUGUGCUUGAGUUCUUGCUCUCAUUGUCUGCUUCUGUUUGUGCUCAUACUACUCAUGUCAACUCAUCCAGACUAGAAAUGGACCAAUAAUUUCUUGUUUCGCAUCACAGAAGUGUGACGUCUCCGUGAAUCAGAGUCAUUGUAUCAUUGUCAUCAUUAAUGUACCUCAGGUCGGAACCCAGAAAAUAAAAAAAAUGGGAUCUUAGAAAAAAAAAAAAA